CGAAAGUUACCGACGUCGGUAACAUCAUGCAGCUCACUAACAGCUGUGUUUCUUGUGUCAAUCGUUUUGUAAGAAAAUAAAAGAAAGACAUGGCAGAAACAGCCGGUGUGAAACCCAUGACCAUUGCCGGCCGCAUGGUCAGGGAGCGCGAGCGUCUAGUGGGAAUGAGUGAUGCCGAACGUGCCUGGCGUAAACAGUGGUUGAAAGAUUUAGAACUGCACCAUGAACCACGGCAAGUUCCAGCCUUGGAGAAGGAGUUAACGAAUCCCAUUAAACGUGCCUACAGAGCACCUUUGGAUGCAGUCCAUAAGGCUUUGACCCCGGUUUUGGGUUUCCAACGGGCAUGGACCGUCCGCUUUUGGACUGGCAAAAUCGCUUUAUUCGGAACAUUUGUUUUAGCUUCCCACUACUAUUUCAAAUACAAUCGCAAUGACUGGACCCGCAAAGGUGGUUGGCGUGUGAUUACCUCCCGCAAAGCCUGCAAUCCUGGCGAUGAGGGUUACCCCAAAGUAUCUGACAGAACACAGCCCAGUGAUUAUGCUGCCCGCGGUUUCAAACAGUCGCCCAUAUAAGUUGCGAUAGCUUUUUGUUUAAUUUUGAUGUCGAGAACAUAAACAAACAUUUAUUUGUAAGACCAUAGAGAAAUUUGAAUACACGUAACGAUGAUUGAAGAACUACUAUAUGGAACUAUGCCGUUGCAUUAAA